AUGCAUUUUGCCCAACAUGUGCCCUCAUGGAGUCUGUGUCUUGCGGUAUACGCCACCGCAACUUUAGCUUCCAUUACACCUCCUGUCCCCUCAACUACUGCUCCUGUCCAGCCCCAGCCGGCUCCAGGCGCUCCAGCCGGGUCGCCCCCGCAAGCCAAACCACAGGCUGUUGUCGCUCCCCGUCCCGCACCAAUCCCACCGCCCGCAAAUCUUCCCUGCGUUGCCCAGAAUCUAACGGCCGAGACCUGGAACCGUCUCCAAAUCGACAAAUACCUGGCCACUUAUCCCGGCGGCCAAUCGCUCACUCUGGAGCAAUAUGCAGAUUCAAAAGGUGCGCAAAACUUCCGCUGCGGCAUCGAGGAGUUUUGCACGAGUGGUCAGAUAUGCAAUCCCGUGCCUGCACCGGACUGGUAUGUGAUGGUCGCUGCCCAAGAAUGGAACAACUGCAUGAACUCUGUCUUCAAGGCAGUCCAUUUCGCCGUCAACAGUGUCCAAGGCACGCUUGCUCUGAUGGUCACCGGCUUAGCCGAGCAAAACAUCAAACCCCACGAGAUACUCUUCGGCGUCGGUUCUAUCACGUCUUUACUAGCCUCAGCAGCCGCAGUCAUCGGGCUGGGUACGGCGGUACUCUUCGCGUUUGGCUUUGUCACCGGACUGGCACCCAUCGCCCUCGCUGCUGGUUAUGUUACCCUGGGAGCAACCCAACUAGCACCUCUGGCUUUUGGAGCUAGUAGCCUGUUAUCCCACAAACCCUCAGACAAAAAAAGUUUCAUCAAGUGGGCGAACGUCGGCAACAUGUUUUCGCAGUGGGAAUCCCACAUGCAAUCAAUGAUCACCAACACCACUCAAUCUGUCAUCAAUUCGCCAAUCAGCUCGAACAACGGCAUCAGCGGUGUCCUGAGAAACGGUGCCUUCUUGUUUGAAACCCAAGCCAAGUCCACCUCCGAGCUCCAGAUUGACUACGAAACCAUCCUUCAAGCCAGGUCCCUCAACUUGGUCCUCCGAGCCAUGGGAGCUUUCGUCACCAGAGGAAGCGAUAAGUGUAAUGCAAAAGGUCCCAACGGAGCAUGGGGAGACGAGGGCAACCUUUCUUUCUGUGGACCGGACAAAAUUAUGAUGAACAUUGUCCUUGCUCAUGGUGACAAAACCAAGAAUAAGAUCAACAAUGCUAAAUAUAUCGCAACCAAGUUCGGAUUCACAACCGAAUACAUUGUCACUCAGUCGUGGAACUGCCAGCAGAAAUACCAGCAAUUCGAGUAUGACCCUUACCGAGACGGGCCGUUGCCCUCUGACGCCAAUGCCGAUUGUGUCAUGAACCUGCCCGUGUGUGACUUGACUGACCAAAGAAUCGACCUCGCCCGACACGGAAAACACCACCACACAACAAAGGCCUGCAGGACCCAGGGCGGGCUUCCCAUCUGA